UCUAUUAAUUAUAAUUUCUUUACAAAGACACAUAUUAUCAGCAAUUAGUCUAUUAAUUAUACCUGUAUGCCAUUAAGACAGAUGUAAAUCCAGGCUGGUAUAGCUAUUAGCAAUCAAUUGUAAGCAUAAUUACUGAACAUUGAUGCAAUCUUACUAUCAAAUGGGUCGUGGAUUGCGAGUACUACACGAGGAUAAUAGGUUGACUACACAGGGGUUUUAAACCUUUGGUUUUAAAAUUAAUAAAUUACUUAAACGCUUUUAUGUUAUUUCGUUUCAUAACACACAAUUUAUUUUUAUUUUCUUAGCUAAAAAGGAACAUGAAAAGAGUUGUUUGAAACUGACGUUUAUUAAUCAUUUCUUAAACUACCUACCGGACUUUAAAAAGAAACCUAUUCUGCCAAAUGUUCUAAUCACAUGAAAAUCUGAAUCUCACCACUUGAAACAUUUCUAAAAAUGUUGACCAACCCUGUCUAAUCGUAACGUGCGUGUCUGUAAUUGGGUUAAGUGCAAUGUAACUAACAUCUAAGUAAUCGGAAACGUUUGCACAAGAGGAGAGAAGUUUGUUGACAUGGGCAAAAGUAUUGUCGAAGCAAAGGGCAAAGACAAAGAUGGAGAAACGAAAAUUCUAUUCAAAAAAUCUAAUAACACGAUAUACACACAUUCAAGAACGUGUUCGGGUGCGUCACAGUCCUACACACGAAGCGGUGUUCUACAACUAAAAAAACAUUUAGAAAACAAUCACAAUUAUUACGUCGACAGGGGAAAACUCAAAAGGGAUCUGAGCGUUGAAACCGAUGUUUGUAAACUAAGGACGUAUUACAAAUCUAAGAAAAAUCGAAUGUCUAACCAAGGUAGCUCGGCCAAGUCUAGAUACUCUACGUUAGUGGAUACUGAAGUUGAAACAAUAGAGGAGUUCCCGGACACAAGCGCUUGCGGAGAUAAUGAAACCACAGAGCUAAAAAGCAAUCCGACCUUAGACAUCGCAUCUCUAAUGAUCGAUAAUUUAAAAGACCUCCUCAAUCAAUGGAUUCAGAAACAUCUAUUGGAAAAUAAAGACACGAAGCAAAAGAUUGAUUCGGUUUUAAAUACUCUAAUUCAAAAAUUAGAUGAUAGUAAAGCACUAGCUUCUUCAUCGGGUUCAACGUAUGUUUUACAUAAAGAAGCAGCUAAUCAGGCAGUUAAGAACAAAAAGGUUGCGACUGCUUCUUUAACUUGUCAAUAUUGCAAAAACAAACCAAAACAUUUUAAAGCAACUUCUUCAAGUAAUAGUAGUCAAAGAGAUUCCUCGUCUAUCACCAUUCCUUUUCAAUACAAAGACAUAAAAAUAAUAUCCACAUUGAGUAUACCUAGAAGUUUUCACAAACGGGGAAUAGAAGAAAAACCAACUCAACCAAACUCGUGGUUUAAAAUGAAGAAAAUUAAACAUAAGAACAUAAUACUAUCGAUUGACAAGUCGAACAAAUUGCUUGAAUCUUCGAGUUUUGAUUUAGUGGCCAUAUCGACUAAGUCUCUGACAAGAAGGUGUAUCAACUAUGACAACAUGGAUGCCAAAAAGAAGAAGAGACACAUUGUAUUCUUUCCGAAGCCAUUUUAUAAAAGCGCCACAGACACUUCCAGUACAACAAAUCGUGAGCAUGUAAACGAUGAUAAUAUUGAAAUGAACAAACACCAACUUGAUGAAAUGCCAAGUGUUUUAAAAAGUCUUUACGCCAACGAUCCUCUUUUGGUUAGUAACAUUGACAAAAAUAUACAAUUUGAUACGAAAAAUGAUAAUUCUACUAUGACUGAUAAAAAAUCUGAAAUAAUUGAUCAAAAGAAUAAUGUAAUCCAACAGAGAAUUGUUGUAACGGAUAAAGCAAAUGGUACUUAUGUUACCAAUACACCUGAGACAAUAGUGCAUGAAAGAGUCCAAAGUACAACUAUGGCUGCUUUUGAUUUCAUUAACCAAGAAAUAGAAUUUCCAAACGUAGAAAAAUUGCCAGUAAAUGAGACAAAACCAAGAGCUAGAAGUAGUAACAGAAAAGUAUUCAACGGAGGAAAAAUCAACAAACGAAGGAGAUUCAAAAACACAAUGUCACCGAGUUUUAAAGCUAGAAAGUAUCAAACAUUUCACAACAAACAAUUUACUUUUCUCUAUAAAAAGGCAAAAAAUAAGAAAGCUCCAAGUAAAGAAUUUGUGAAACACUGCCAUAACCUAUGGCAAUACUUUGCGCACUACGAAGGUACUAAAAAUAUUAAAUUAGAUGUUUGUAUUAAUGUUUUUCCAAACUGUGAAAAUGCAACGAAAGAUGUGUACACACAUAUAAGUAACCAGGCAAUGUAUGACAUUAAUGGGGGUCAAACGUUAUUAUACAAUGUACAUCCAACUGAUAUAGAAACACCACAGAUUGAUGAAGAAUCGUUAAAAGAUCCAAUAGAAAACGAUAAUAGUUCGUGUGUAUAUGCACCUGACAUUAUUCCCUUACUCGAUGGCGCCGUCAGCCAAGCAAAGUAUAUAUUCAAUGUUACCUCACAAGAAAAAACAGACUUGGAAUCGAAACCAAACAGUUUUGUGGAACGUAGUACUUUAACGAGUGAACUCGAAAUAGUCCAAGAAAUAAGUGAACUUCGAGCUGUUAUUAAAGAUCUGGCUGCUGCAGCCGAGAAAUUUGUAAGCGAACGUUUAAUCAAAGGUUCUUGUAAAUCCAACCCAGAAACUAACGUAUCACAUAAUGUAAGUAAUAAUUUUACAUCUAGCUCCAAAUGUGAGGCAGUCAUAAACCAUAAAAACCCCUCGAAAGCCAUACAGUACUCGAAAGAAUUCGAACAGAAUCAAAAAUUUCAAUCUGGUUUAAAAAUAACAAAAGAACCGAAGAAGGAGAAGAAAGAAAUUUUCGAUUUUUAUAACAGGUUAGCGAAAAAAAGCACUUCGUAUCGCAUCAUUGACAGUGAAUCGGUACUCAGAGUGACCGACAUGACUUCUAAAGCUAAUGAUUUCCAGGAAUACAAAUAUUAUACUGAUGAAGCUCUCACGUGCUCAUUACCAAAAUCAAGAUCGUUAUUCGAAUUGACUUCAGAACAAAAGAAGAAACGAAAAUUGAUCGCCUUAUAUUGCGAUGGGUAUCAAAAUAACCGAGCUUGUUGCAUGGAAAUGUAUCAGCAACCAACAAAAUAUCCAUCUAGCACAAAAUUUCCAUCAAGCACAAAAUGUCCAUCGAGCACAAAAUGUCACAAAAAAUGGUUCAAUUUUAGUAAAAAAGACAAGGAAGCCAAGCCUCAACCCUCCAGUCAAGUCAAUGUCAAAACAUCCUGUAUCUGUAAAACUGGUAGUCGUUCUAACGACUCUUGUUCCAUACCAAUUGAUGGCGCUUAUUACUCAUCUACAGUAUGUUUUAAUCCUACAAGCCGUGAUUGUUACGAAGAUCAAACGAUUACGACUGAUGGGACAAGGAAACGUGGGAAGAAUCGCAAAGGAAUGGGUUUUGGCGAAGGCUGCGUAUACUGCAUGUUGUUGUGGAUUCCUGUCCUUAUUAUUGCAUGCUUGUUCUAUGGCUAUGUAUUAAAAGACAAAGUAAAAUUUGCUGAUGGCAGGAAAAGCCCCGCACGAACGACACUGACACUCAAACCUAUAACUGGCCUAAAUCGAAAUCGGUCGAUACUUUAUGUGAAACUUUCAGACUUAGGAUUUUAAUACUUUGUAUAUUUUAAAUAUUUAUAUUCAAUAUACAAUAAAUAUUUCCUCUGACAUAUUCUUUUACUAUUCAUUUUUUUAUGCUGGUAUAAAACGUCAAUUUAAUAGAACAAUAAUCAUUCAUGAAGUUUAUUCUACUUGCACCUUGUUUCACAUU